AUGUCGGCCUCAGGACCACGGGGAGAGUUCGCGGACGAGCACGAGGACAGCGACCAGUCGAACGAUCAAGGCGCGGGCCCGCCGCACAGCGCGCCCCCGGCGGCCGCCCCAGCGGCAGCUGCAGCCCGCCGGGCGAGCGCGCCACAAGGUCUCACCCGGAGAAGCUCCACGGCCAGGAGGAUCUCCGCCUUGCGGCGGCGGAGCAGCUUGAUCGCCAAGCUCGCGGCACCCUCGCGUUCCACUGCCGCGCCCAGCGCGGGCGCCCACGCCAGCCGGCGAAGCGCGGGCGCCGUGGCAGCGCCCAGAGGCGCCGGGGAGCGCCCCUCGGCGCGCGCUGGCGGCGGCUCCGCGGAGCCCCCGCCGCCGCUGGGCGAGCUGGUCGAGCCGGCGAGCUUCCAGGAGUUCAUCAGCGCCCUCAUCGUGAUGAGCAUGCACGCUAAUCCGAACCCCUUCGUGCCCUAUGUGAAGCGAGUGGACGACUUCAUACAGAACCGGCUCCUGAGGCCGUUGAGAGCCCGGUGGGCGACGGCCGAGCGGUCUGAUCACCGCUCCUCGGAGGCCAGCGCGGCGGCGCCCGCCGACCCCUCGGCGAAGUUGCUCGGGGACUUCCUGGACCAGGACCGCCCGGGCCAGUGA